AUGAAGCAGGUCCACCCCGACACCGGCAUCUCCUCCAAGGCCAUGGGCAUCAUGAACUGCUUCGUGAGCGACAUCUUUGAGCGCAUCGCCGGUGAGGCCUCUCGUCUGGCUCACUACAACAAGCGCUCCACCAUCACCUCCAGGGAGAUCCAGACCGCUGUCCGCCUGCUACUCCCCGGAGAGCUGGCUAAACACGCCGUGUCUGAGGGCACCAAGGCCGUGACCAAGUACACCAGCUCCAAGUAAAC